GUGAUUUUGAAUUUUAGGUCUUGUGCGGUGAAAAAUGUUCAAAAACCUCAAACAUUAGUACGAUAUUAGUAGGAGUUAGUUAAGCAAAUCAAAGUGGUUAGUAGUGGUUAGUCGAAAAAAUCAAUAUAAAGCUAAUUUUCUAUUGUUUGUUAAACUAGGGUAGUGGAACAUAUUAUCAUCCCACUCGAAAUAACUAUAUAGUAGUGAAAGUGACACGAAAACGAAAAAGUUUUGUUCGGACGCCAUCACCAUUCCCGAACAAAGGACCCCGGACAGUAACCCGAGCGUGGGUUCAGCGAGAAGCCAUUUUGCCAUUUUGCCAAGCUGCCAAACCCACAACCGAAGCCAACGGACACAUGGAUGGACAAUCCCCCUACCAUACUCUUGGCCAUCACUCCGACCACCUUUGGGAAGUUCGCCGAUAGUGCUUCAGGCCCCCGGCCGGAAUCGGGAACUUCGCCACUUGGACUCCUGGUUGAGACCCUCGGCCACUGUUGAGAUUUCCGUCAACCGUUUCCAGGCUAUAACGCCCACAACCGGUAUCGCCACUGAAAUCCUCCAUCAACCCGGAAGCUGUUCACCGCCGGCCCGCCCUGGCGCCGCCGCAGUCCUGCACUACCACCAACGAGACACGCACCGACCAAAAUACCAAAAACCCAAAACCCAAACCGCAAGUACAUUGUGACGUCACAUAAUUUGUUUGUAAUUGCCAUGGCCAAAUUGUAUGUAUAAUUGUAAUCCUAGGUAAAAUUGUUUAGUUAAUAUAUCGCUAUGCAUGUAUAUUUGCUCGUUCAAAUUCAUUAUGAAGUGUAAGAAGAAUUACUACGUUUCUAUUUUCUUCCGUAAUUUCGAACCCACAAAGGGGUUUUUCAUGCCUUUCUCCCCUGUGCGUUCCAAUUAGAAAUCUUUUUGUAGAGUUGCCUUUGAGUUUUCAAAUCAUAAGAAAGUGUUAUUGAGUUCCGUCGAUCGUUGUUAUGCUGUUGGAUUUACCUUAAAAGUGAGUUCCUUCUGGAGGUGAAUUCUGUGUGUGCUUAGGAGUUUGUUGUACCGAUUUCACUUCAACCGACCCUGGAGAUUUCCGCUGAGCAUAGUUCAAGGGGGUUAUAAAUUGGCGCCCAACAUAAAAGUAUUAGAAUAACAAAUUUCUUCAAAUCGGUUUCAACAUCUUUUCGCACCCGUGAGAAGGAGGAGGAAAACAGUUGUAUCUGUUUUGAGGACGUUGCGUUCUCGGAACGACAAUCAAUUAGGUUUAUUUUUCAAUUUGUAUUUGCUAUUCUUGUUGAGAUUCCAUUGGGAGACCCCCGGUGCGAGCAUAAAAUAUUCAGCUGGUUUUGUUUACAUUCAGAUAGUUAGCAUAGUCAAUCAUCAAUCAAUUUAUCAAUGUUUUUAGGUGAUUUAGAAGAUUUUUCGUGGAUCUUGAAGCUGUUCAGGUGGUAACAGGUGAGCCCCAGAGUCACAAAGGCCGUUUUUAAACCCGUCCUGGAGUCCGGUUGUUCAAAAUCGCGACUGAGAAGGGUGAGUACCGGUGGAUAUCAGAGUGAGUCUGGAAAGGGCACAGACGUUGAUCUGGCCGUGGUUCGAGCAUCUGUUACAUCCUGAACACUUCAGUGACACGCAAAGUUUUCUAAUGAUGGAUUCGGAAUUCGAGAUGAAAUAUCGAACCCUUCUGGUGCACCACUUAGAGAAGGAGGAGGUAGAGUUUGAACUGGAUGUUAGAGCAGUACCUUUUGAAAAGGCAGAAAAUGUGGGUGUUUUAAGAAGGCGGUUGAGAGAAGCUUUGAAGAGGGACAAAGCAGAGGAGAUGUUAGUAGAUUUUGCGAAAUGCCAGCAUCGGUCAAUAGACAACGAAAUAAAAUUGAUCGACGCGAACGUUAAACAAAUAACCGAUUUUCUAGAGAAGAAGCGCAGUUUUGAAGGGGUUAAGGAUUCCCUGAAGACACGUUUAGUCCACUACUUUGCACGAUGUUCGGCAAUCCAAGCAGCAGCCGACAAAGAUGAUGAUUUAGAGGAUUUAGACAAGCUGUUAACUACAGUUCGUCAACUUUAUAAUACAUAUUUCACAAUUUUCUCUCCGAUGGACUCUAUCCGUAAUGAGGUCAUGCUGCAAAUUUCAAAUUCCUUAGCUCAGCUACAGGUAGCUCAGGCAGGAACAUCCGGACCGGCAAAACAGGUUCAGAGUAGGUCUCAGGGGACACAAACGGAAGAUGAUUUAGGAUCUCAGGAAGAGGAACGGUCGAGCGGUGUAUUCCCUCCGGCUAGACGACAGCUCAGGUCAAAUUUAGCCUCCAGAAAAGAUCUCGCUUCUUCGUUCAAUAUUCCAUCGUCGGUUCAACAACCUUCGGGUUCGGGAUUAAAUUCUCGCCGAAGCGAGGAGAACGAGAUAUUUCUAAAUCGUUAUGACUUGUCAGGAAGGAGUCGUAAUCCAUUAGGCAAGGGUAAUGCUUCUGAUACUGAAUCGGAUUCUUCAAGGUCACAGUCCCCGCCUAGUAGGCGUAGAUCCAGACACGUUAGGUCCAGCGUAAAGCGUAGUAGACCAGUCUCAGACUGGAACUUACGGUACGAUGGUAGAGAUGGUGGCCAAGGGUUGAUGCGAUUCAUAAAGGAAGUAGAAUUCUACGCCAAAUCGGAGAACGUCUCCGAAAAGGAAUUAUUCCGUUCCGCCAUACAUUUGUUUGCAGGCGCAGCAAAAAUUUGGUUCAUGUCAGGAGUUGAAAACGGGGACUUCUCCUCGUGGAAGGAACUCGUAACGGAAAUGAAAAGGGAAUUUUUGAGUCCGGACCAUGACCACGUUAGUGAGUUUAGGGCCAUAGAACGGAAGCAGAAACACAAGGAGAAAUUCCAGGAUUUCUUCUUCGACAUGCAAAAAUUGUUCAAUUCUCUCACGAAACCCAUUUCUGAGCGGAAGAAGUUUGAAAUUGUCUUCAGAAACCUCAGAGCGGACUACAAAGGAUAUGUGGUAGCCGCAAACAUAGAUAAUCUCGCAGAUUUAAAACCUUUUGGCCGCAAAUUGGACGCCACUUUCUGGUACAAAUACGAGAACCGCAGUACGGAGGAAAGCUCCAAGGCUCGGAAUCAAAUUAGCGAAUUAAAGACACAUCCUAAGUCAAAACCGACAGGGGCUGUGAGUCGUCCUACGAAAAACUUAGCUGAGCAGAAACCUCUCAAUAAGACUGAUGAAGAUAAAAAUGCGCGGAAACCGUCACCUGAGCAAGGUGAGGGUAACCAGAAGCAGAACAAUAGUGCCCAUGAUAAAGGAUUGCAAAUCCUGGUUGAGAAGUACGUUCCUCCCAAGCCUGGCGUAUGUUUCAAUUGUAGACUUCCUGGGCACCAUCAGACGGACUGUGAUCGUCCUAAACAUAAAUUUUGUUUUAGAUGCGGCUUUCUUAACGUUGAGACGAAAGAAUGUCCGUUCUGUGCAAAAAACGCAUAA